GGAGGAGAGGGAUGGAGGAGCAACAGAAGGACCGUGAGGCCGAGGUCGCAGGGCCCUGGUUUUCCAAGUGGGAGCGUCAGUGCCUGGCCGAGGCGGAGCAGCUGUCCCCCGAGCUGCAGGAGGAGGCGGCUGCUGAUGCGGCGGGGCUCAAGAUCGAGCGCCAGAGGCUCUGGCACCUAUUCCAGAUCUCAGCCACCGCUGUGGCCCAGCUCUACAAAGAUUCCGGGUGCCAGCAGCCAGGACUCUCUAUGUGGGACCCCUUUCAGAACGCGGCCAUGGCUGUGACCAGCCUUUACAAAGAAAGCGGGGAUGCCUCCCAGCGAAGUUUUGAACUGGGCGUCCAGGUUGGCUACCAGCGUCGUGUGAGAGAUGUUCUGGAAUGGGUGAAGAAGGGUAGGAGCAUCAUUCGCCGGGAAGACCUCAUAAGCUUCCUCUGUGGCAAAGUUCCCCCCACACCCCCGCCGCUCCGCACCUCCUGGACGUCCCCCAGGCCACCCGCGGCUGCCUCCACUCAAGCUGCUGCCACUGAGUCUAGCGCACCUGUGGAUGUCGACCUGCAGCCCUUCCACGAGGCCAUUGCGCUUCAUGGCCUCAGUGGUGCCAUGGCAAGCAUCAGCAUGCGAUCUGGCACUCCAAGUUCAUCACAAGAUGGAGGUAUUGCCAGCAGUGGGCGUCGGAAAAGUAGCUUCCUUGAAGAUGAUCAGAACCCCUUGAGCUCAGAAGAACUGGCUCUCCGCCUGGACAGUGGGGGAAUCCGCAAGCGCACAUCUGCCCAGCUUGGUGAUGGCGCUACAGACUCUCCAUCACACAAGCGCAACCGAAUGGUCUAAACUGCCUCCUUGAUUGCCCACCAUCCACCAACUUAUGGCUUGACAGUCAACUUGACCAUCAACUUGCUUGGUGAAAACAUACCAGAGACUGCUCAUCUUCCUUCUCUAAGUUAAAUAUUUCUAUCAAGUUUACCAUAAAGAAAAUUUAAAAGUAUUCCAGAAGAGGCGUCCUAUGACUCUGACUUUCCAUAAAUAUAACUCUAUUAUAGAACAUCAAAUAUCACGUAGUUAGCAGGAUCAUUUAAACUUUAAAGCAAAACAUAUCCAGUGAGGGUGGGAGCCUGGUUUAUCUUGUUCAAGUUAUUUCUUAGCACCUAGUACAGUUGUUGGUGCUCAAUAGAUGUUUGUUGAGUGAAUAAAUGUUACCUUAUUUUAAAUUCUUAAAGGGGAAAUACAUAGAUAUUUAUUUGCUUAUGGAACAUUUUAUUCUUUUUAAGUUGUUUGCUUUGCCAAUUCAUGUACAUUGUACGAAAAUGUAAGAUCAGACCUCUGGGUUUACCCCACUAUACCAUACAUCCAAUUUCUGGAAAGAAACCGUGGAGCUAAUAUAUUUUAGGUUAUUUUGCUUUGGAAAAAUUUGCUUUGGGUAAUGGUGAUGCGAAUAGAUGCUAUAGUGAUUGGGCUAAGUCAGUGCUCACUUUAAGAAAAGGAAUCCAAGUAAGAUGGUAGCCUUGGUGGCCUUGAUGGCCUUCUGCUUAGGAAUGUAAAACGUUUCUCUGUGGUUCCAUAUUAGUGGAUUUAGAGUAGCAGACAAAUUAGAAUGAACUGGGUUUCCUUUAGGGUAAUACCAUGGUAUUGUUCUACUGAAAGCAACAAUAGUAGAACCCUAGCUCCACAAAGUAACUGAAUGAUUUUGAGCAAGACUGUCAAUAUCUACUGGUCCCAGUUUUUCUUAUGUGUCUGCUAGGGUCACUUCAAAUAGCAGAUGAGGUCCCAACUUCUAGUGUCCACAGCAAUGCUUAGCUCACUGAGUGCUUUCCCUAUGUGAAUGCAAGUUGGUCAGAUACCGAAGUCCAUGCUUAUUUUAGCAAAGGCAGAAAAAUAAAUGUAGGAAUCAGCAAAUAAAGCCAUGGUAUUCUACUUGAGUUCAAGAUUACUGUUAUGUAGUUUAAAAUUCCCUAAUUAUCACAGUCUGUGUAUUAAUUGUAAAUAAGUUGAACUUAUGACAGGAUCAGCACUCUGAAUAAACACUACAGCAUCCUCAGA